CAUCCGGGUCGCGACAGUCUUCCGGGUGUUUCUGACAGGGCUUUCUACGCCGCUUUUUCGGUGACUUUUUGGUCUUCCGCUUCUUGCCACCGCCCCGAACCUCCCACACCCUUGCUGGCCCUGCCUUUUCUUGUGUCGCUCCUCCCCGGCCGCCGAGCCCGGGGUUUAGGUUGCGAUCCGGAUCCGGAGCCAGGCCUAGCUUUUACGCGGGCCGCUAUCUGCUUUGGCUGCGGCGAAAGCGACAACCGAGCGCGCCGGGCUCUCGCUGCUCCGGCCUUGGAGCUCCUGGGCGGGCAGUACCAGUAGGCCCUGCUUAGCCCUUCCCCGAGGAGACCUUCUAGGAGCAAAAGAGGAAGACCGUGUUGGGACCCCUGCAUGGAGUUUCAGAGGGUGGUGAAAAAAUAAGGUAGAAGAAUACAUGUUCACUUUUAGUGAACAAGAGCAUGUUCCCAAACUCAAUUUUGGGUCGCCCGCCUUUCACCCCAAACCAUCAACAACAUAAUAAUUUCUUCACCCUGUCACCAACUCUUUAUUCACACCAGCAGCUUAUAGAUGCACAGUUCAACUUUCAGAAUACAGAUUUGUCAAGAGCGGUGUCAUUACAGCAGUUGACAUAUGGAAAUGUCAGUCCAAUACAGACCUCAACUUCUCCGUUAUUUCGAGGAAGGAAGAGAUUAAGCGAUGAAAAAAACCUUCCUCUUGACGGUAAACGGCAGCGUUUCCAUUCACCCCACCAAGAGCCAACUCUAGUUAACCACAUAGUGCCUUUAUCAGGUGAAAGAAGAUACUCAAUGCCGCCAUUGUUUCAUACACACUAUGUACCAGAUAUAGUCAGAUGUGUUCCACCUUUUCGAGAAAUACCAUUUUUAGAACCUAGAGAAAUCACACUGCCUGAGGCCAAAGAUAAGUUGAGUCAGCAGAUACUGGAGUUAUUUGAAGCAUGUCAGCAGCAAGUAAGUGAUUUAAAGAAGAAAGAACUGUGUCGAACACAGCUGCAGAGAGAAAUUCAGCUCUUAUUUCCACAAAGCAGACUUUUUUUGGUUGGGUCCUCUUUAAAUGGAUUUGGUACUCGGAGCAGUGAUGGUGAUUUAUGCCUAGUUGUUAAAGAGGAACCAUGUUUUUUUCAGGUCAAUCAGAAGACUGAAGCACGGCAUAUACUCACCUUAGUCCAUAAACACUUCUGUACCAGACUUUCUGGCUACAUAGAGAGACCUCAGUUGAUUCGAGCAAAAGUGCCAAUUGUGAAGUUCAGGGAUAAAGUCAGUUGUGUGGAAUUCGACUUGAAUGUAAACAAUAUUGUUGGAAUAAGAAACACAUUCCUCCUCAGAACUUACGCAUACCUUGAAAAUCGAGUUCGUCCAUUAGUACUGGUGAUUAAGAAGUGGGCAAGUCACCAUGAGAUAAAUGAUGCCAGUCGUGGUACUUUAAGCAGCUAUAGUCUUGUGUUGAUGGUUUUGCACUAUUUACAAACCCUACCUGAACCCAUCCUUCCAUCCAUCCAAAAAAUUUACCCAGAAUCUUUUAGUCCUGCUAUACAGCUGCAUCUUGUACAUCAAGCUCCAUGUAAUGUUCCUCCUUACCUCUCGAAGAAUGAAUCAAAUCUUGGGGACCUCUUACUGGGCUUUCUUAAAUAUUAUGCUACAGAAUUUGACUGGAACAGUCAAAUGAUUUCAGUUCGUGAAGCCAAAGCCAUUCCUAGGCCUGAUGGUAUUGAAUGGAGAAAUAAAUACAUCUGUGUCGAAGAACCUUUUGAUGGAACAAAUACGGCCAGAGCUGUGCAUGAAAAGCAGAAAUUUGACAUGAUCAAGGAUCAAUUUUUAAAGUCAUGGCACAGAUUGAAAAACAAAAGAGAUUUGAACAGUAUACUACCUUUAAGAGCUGCUAUCCUGAAAAGAUAACUGGCUUCUAUAUCUUAAUAAAUUCUUCUGAGAAAUAAAGAACAAUAGUAACACCAUAAUGCAUUUUGUUUACCUCCAUCAUGGUUUCUUUUUAACUGUUCUUGUUUUCAUGUUUUAUUUUUAAGAGGACAUACUUAUAUAAAGAUUGCAUAUUUUAUUAUGACAUUUCCUAAUAAAACCCUUUGAUUUAAAGAUGUAUUUUUGAAAAUGUUUACAUUGAUUCGUAAUAUUAUGGCAUGGAUUUUCAAGAGAUCAGAUAAAAUAUUUUUGGGGGAAUUAUCUGAACAAAUAAAAGGUUUUUGAUAUAACUUCAAUUAAUUAUACCACAUGCUAAUACUGAAGGGAUGUGUGGAAUUUUGGAAAGGGACUGAUUCACACAUACUUAACAUAUAACGUACAGUAUAUAGUUUGUUGCCCGUCUGUUCUGGUAAAGUGAAGAUUCAAGCCAGUUAUUCGGUUACUUGAAACAAAAUGAAAUCUGUAAUUUCACUGAAAUCACUGCAGAGGCAUGAAAUACUGGACAAUUGCCUUAAGUCUUCACUUGACUCUCCGGGAUAGACUGAGGCUUUGGGUGUGUCUAUAUUAGCAUUUCAUUAGUACCUCACAUGCUUUUGAUGUACUCUUGAGAUUGCUUUAAAUUUUUGUUGAAAACAGUACAUUUUGCACUGUAAUAAUAUGAGCACCCUGUAUUGUUUAGAGGUUAGUAAGUUGUUUUAAAGAAUUAGUUCGUUGUAGAUUUUUGAAAAGAUGAAGUCCCCUGUGCUUUAUGAUAGUUCAGUGCAAUGUGCACUUUUACUUUAUUUCAUGUUUUCCUGCUUUUAUUUUCCCUGUAACAUGAAGCAACAGAAACUGAAAGAUCAAAGUUGAGAUUAUAUCCUAUUGACAGUAUCAGAGUUUGUCUGUGUACAAGUGUAGGAUUGUAAUCUAAACUGGAAUUUUUAGGCAGUAAGCCACUAUAAAAUGUUUUAGGUAAGACAAAAUUAUUAUAAAUAAAAGCUUAAUGUUUGUAAAGAUAUCUUUUUUAGUAUUUUUUUCCAUAUGAAGAAGUAGUGGUGGCUGCUAAAAAAAACCUACAGUGUUUAUUAAGAUUGAUUAUGGUUUAUGUAAAUAUUUGUAAAUUGGUCAGUGCCUGUACAUUUAAAUAUGAAGAGUAAUCUUGAAAACAAUUUUAACUUUUUCAGAAGGACUGUGUACAACUUCUUUGAGACCUGCUGUAGCACAGUUUGUACCUCUAAUGUAUUUGAGUUUUUUGCAGACCAAUUCAAAUGCUAAGACUUUUGCUUUUCUUUGACUUGUAAAGGUGCAGAUUUUCAUUUCUUCUUUAAGUUUAAAUUUUUGUAUGAUGUCAAAUGGAAUAAAGUUUAUAUAUGGAAAUUG